AACAGCGUCACUUGGAAUAUUUAUGGGAUUAUUAACAUCGAUCUUGGAGAUCCACAAAGCACUACCACCUGAUGUGGGAUUUGAUAAAAUGUCUCUUACUGGUCUGGAGUUUCUCUUUCUACCGACCCUCGUUUGCAGACCAGAAAACGAUCACAGCUGAGUCUGGACAGAACAUCACUCUGACAUGUCGAGCUCCAAACAACAACAACAUCAUUGUUGUUGUAGAGUGGAGCAGAACUGACCUGAAGGAAGAAUAUGUCCUCCUGUACCGUGAUGAGCAGUUUGAUCCAGAAAACCAGCAUCUAUCUUUUAAGAACCGGGUGAAUCUGCAGGACAGACAGAUGAAGGAUGGAGACGUGUCUCUGAUUCUGAAGGAUGUGACAACUAAUGAUGCUGGAACAUACGAAUGUCGUAUCGUCCAGAGUAAAACAAACCACAGGAAGAGAUCCAUUUCAAAUAUUGAUCCCAUCAGCAUCAUCACCCUGAGUGUUGUUGUUCCUCCAGGUCAGACAGGAGGAGACACAGAGGAUGGAGGGAAGGAGGAUGGAUCUGUUGGACUGAUAGUCGGUCUGUUAGUUCCUGCUGUGCUUCUUGUUGCUGCUGUUGUUGGUUUUUUGAUCUACAGAAAACGUAAACGACAACAGAAUAAGGAUUCCUACCAGCCUCCAGCUGCACAGCAGCCUGUUUAAAAUGUGUCAGAACUUCUUCUUUUCCUCAUC